UACAUCCUCCUUGCCAGGUGGUGUCUUGGUCACCAACUGUCUACUUACCCUUGCUGAGAAACCCUCACAAAAGCUUCCAGUGGUCCUGCGAAAUGAAAGUAAGCAUGACAUAGUUAUCCCUGCGAAAAGUGUCAUUGCUGAAAUGCAUGCUAUUCAAGAGAUCAUACCAAACAGUCAGAUCACAGAGCAGUCUAAACAGACUCCCAGCUCAAACCCUGCUGAGCUUAACCUUAACUUUGCUGAUUCUCCAGUCCCUGCUGAAUGGAAAGAACGAAUCACACAAAAGUUAAGUGCUAUGUCGGAGGUUUUCGCACUACACGAUACAGACUUUGGUUGCACUAACAAAGUAAAGCACCAAAUCAAACUGAGCGAUGAAACCCCCUUUAAACACAGACCUCGCCCCGUACGACCACAAGAUCUUGAUGCCGUACGGAGGCAUUUGCUGGAGCUAAGCGAUGCAGGUGUCAUUCGUGAAUCCGAGUCGCCAUUUUCCUCACCGAUAGUGGUGGUAAGGAAGAAAAAUGGAGACGUAAGACUUUGUGUAGAUUACCGCAAGUUGAAUCUGAACACCAUCAAAGACGCCUACGCGCUUCCUAAUUUGGAAGAAGCGUUCUCCGCCUUGACAGGAUCGAAGUGGUUCUCGGUCCUUGACCUCAAAAGCGGGUACUACCAGAUCGAAGUGGAUGAGGCAGAUAAGCACAAAACAGCCUUCGUAUGUCCGAUGGGGUUCUUCGAGUUCAACAGGAUGCCCCAAGGCAUAACAAACGCUCCCAGCACAUUUCAAAGGCUGAUGGAGAAAUGUAUGGGCGACAUCAACCUUAAGGAAGUCCUGGUCUACCUAGACGACCUUAUAGUUUACUCCGAAACCCUCGAACAACAUGAGACCCGCCUUCUCCACGUGCUUAAUCGUCUCAAAGAAUACGGUCUGAAGCUAUCGCCUGAAAAAUGUAUGUUUUUUCAGACGUCAGUUCGGUACUUAGGGCACAUUGUCUCCCAAAACGGUGUAGAAACAGACCCCGAAAAAGUAGCAGCGUUAAAAACAUGGCCAAGUCCCAAGAACUUGAAAGAACUCCGCUCCUUCUUAGGGUUUGCGGGGUAUUACAGACGGUUUAUUAAGGACUUUUCUAAGAUCGUAAAACCCCUUACCAACCUAACUGCUGGAUACCCCCCACUGCGGAAAAGCAAUGGCUCUAAGUCCAACUACAUCCAAUACUUUCAGCCAAAAGCUCCUUUUGGGGAGAGAUGGACAGAGAGUUGUCAGAAAGCGUUUGAGGCGAUUAUAGACAAAUUGACUUCUGCCCCAAUUUUAGGCUUUGCCAACCCCAAGUUGCCUUACGUAUUGCACACAGAUGCAAGCACAACUGGGUUAGGGGCAGCUCUUUAUCAAGAGCAGGAGGGAGAGUUGCGAGUAAUUGCAUACGCAAGUAGAGGACUAUCGAAAAGCGAAAGCCGUUAUCCUGCUCAUAAGCUUGAGUUUCUUGCCCUCAAAUGGGCUGUAACGGAAAAGUUUUGCGAUUACUUAUAUGGCAGUCCUUUCACAGUAAUAACUGACAGUAACCCUCUAACUUACAUUUUGACCACCGCUAAGUUAGAUGCGACGAGCUAUCGCUGGUUGUCCGCCCUGUCCUCUUUCGAGUUCCAGCUUAGGUACAGAGCAGGCAAACAAAACAUGGACGCAGAUGGCCUGUCUCGUCGUCCGCAUCUCGAGCCAUUAAAUGACCUUGUCUCUCUGAAGGAACAGGAGCGGAUCCGUCAGUUUGUGCAACACCACUUGCCUGGCACCGAUCCUUUCACUCACGUUCCCUCUCAAGCUGUCAGUGCAAUCUGUGAGAAACAUCUAGUCCUCCAGUCUCUUGACACAGACCAUGCUCUCGCCUGCCCACUCGUGACAUCUCUGUCUAUGUCCGUUGAUGCUGUUCCCGACAGUUUCGACCAGUGUGAUGCUUUUCCUGUCAUUCCAAGCUUGUCAGAAGAAGAGUUAAGACAAAGUCAAAGAAACGAUCCUGCUAUCAAUGAAAUCAUACACCAGCUUGAAACAGGUGAAACAUCUCCUCCUACUGUACGCAACGAGAUCCCACAACUUAGCAUCCUUCUGCGUGAGUUAAACAAACUUGAGUUGCAGAAUGGGAUUUUGUACAGAAAAAGGCAAGUAGAUGAAGAGGCCCAGUACCAGCUGGUUCUUCCUGAAAGUCUAAGACCUAUGGUGUUCAAAAGCCUUCACGAUGACAUGGGUCAUUUUGGUCUUGACCGGACCCUUGAUUUAGCCAGAACCAGAUUUUUCUGGCCAAAAAUGGCCUCAGACAUAGAACAAAGGAUCAAAAGCUGCAGCAGGUGUGUUUGCAGAAAGACCCUGCCAGAGAGGGCGGCGCCCCUAGUAAACAUUCAAGUCACCAGACCUCUAGAGUUGGUGUGUAUUGAUUUCUUGACAAUUGAACCAGAUCGCAGCAACACUAAAGAUGUCUUAGUUAUUACAGAUUUCUUUACGAAGUAUGCUGUAGCCAUGACUACUCCCAACCAAAAGGCUAAAACUGUAGCCAAGGCCCUGUGGGAAAACUUUAUAAUCCACUACGGUUUUCCCGAGAAGUUGCAUAGCGAUCAGGGAGCAGACUUUGAGUCAAAAACGAUCAAAGAGUUAUGCGACCUAGCUGGAAUUCAAAAAGUCAGAACUUCACCCUACCAUCCCAGGGGAAACCCUGUGGAGAGGUUUAAUAGAACCCUGCUAAACAUGUUGGGUACACUCAAAGACGAAGACAAGAAACAUUGGCGUGACUUUGUUAAGCCACUUGUUCACGCGUAUAACUGCACCAAACAUGAAAGUACAGGAUUUACGCCGUACGAGUUAAUGUUUGGCAGGCAGCCUAGGUUACCCAUUGAUCUUGCCUUCAAUGUCCCCCUGAACCAUCGCCAGCAGCAAUCUCACUCACAGUAUGUUAAAGCCCUCAAAUCUCACCUUCAGGAGAGCUACCAACUGGCUACCAAAAAUGUCAGCAAAGUUGCUGAACGUAACAAAACCAGAUAUGACAAACAUGUAACUGAAUCUGUCCUAGGUGUUGGAGAUCGCGUGCUUGUAAGGAAUGUUCGGAUUAGGGGAAAAAACAAAUUGGCUGAUAAGUGGGAGUCCAUCGUCCACGUGGUUGUAAGUCAAAAGGACAACCUCCCAGUGUACACAGUCAAACCUGAGCAUCACCAUGGUCCCACUAGAACUCUCCACAGAGACCUUUUGUUACCCUGUGGGUUUUUGCCAUCUGCCCCUGAAAAUCCUCCAGCAGUCCAAGUAAAGCCUCAUCGGCCAAGCACACGUCAACACCCAACAACUGAUCCUGAUGAACCUGAACUUGAAUACCACUCUGAGGAGGAUAACUACCCUCUGUAUUACCCUCCACCUCCUCCUAAGGAGAUCUCAAGGUCGAUUGAGGAAUACAAAGUAGUCUUUCCUCCCCAGGCUAAGUCAAACCAUGCUAAUGAGCAAACCAAAUCAGACAAUUCUCAAGUCUCAGAACAUGUGACAGUGCCUGAUAUUGCUCAAGAGCACAUGGACAUGACGGAAACUGUACACUUACCUGAUUGUGGAAACCUACCGGAUAUGGAAAACUUACCUGAAAAUGACAAAAUACCUGAAAUGGAAAACGUGCCUGAACCUGCAAAGGAAAGAGCUCAAAUGACUCAACAAAAUGAAAUGGACAAUGUAUCGGACUCAACGAAAACUAAUGAUGAGGAAGCAACUCAAACUCAGGUGAACGGACCUGAACCUGUAAACAAUGAAACUGAAAGAAAUGACCCUGAAGCAGAGCAAUCGGUCAGAAGAUCAUCCAGAGAGAGAACAAAGCCCAAGCACUUAACAUACCCUCAAUUAGGAAACCCUCUUGUUGGCAUAGUUCAAUCUUUGUUCCAAAGCUUAAGUGAAGCUGUGACAGGCUCCAUUGAAAUCCAUGAUAUCCAGGUAGUCUGAUCUAUGCAUUAUGCAAAGGGGCUUGCAUACAUUUAAGAGGGGAGGGUGUAACCCUGGUUAACAUAGUUGUCAAUAAACAAAAGCCUGUUAGUAAAAACAGUCAUAAGAAACAUAUUACAGGUGAUAAAUAGAACAUAAUGGUUAAGGAAAUUCAUUAAAAACAUCAGCAAUGAUAUAAUUCAUGGUAUAAGAUUUCAAUUGUGUUUAAAAACGUGUUAAAAGGUUAAAAACUUGCUAAUUCAUGGUGUUUCAUGUUAAUUAAGGUAAAAUGGCUAAAAUAUGUGUUCAGACUCUUAUUGUGAAAGGGUACGCUGCAGCGUGACUCCUGUGAUAGCCACACCCAAGCGGGUUGUUCCUUCUUUUUGAUGCUGGAGAGGGAGAAAUGCAGAUAGUCGUUGCAGAGCUGCUGCCUAAACGAGUGAAAAAUAUUAAAAAACAAGUCAGAAGUCUACAUAAAGCCAUUGUUGUACUCUGGAGAAUAUAUUUUUGUUUUUCCGACCUGUCUUUGCCUUGGUGACGUUGUGAACGUAACCGAACGGGACUUGGCCAUUAAGGUUUGGAUCGGGAAAUGCCGAGCUAGAAUCGGAGUUUGAUCCGCUGAGCGAGAAACAAGAUGGCGAGCCACCCAGGGACCCAUUGAACUGUACCGAGCAGGAAAAAGGAAACUGCCCCCUGCUGGACGUUGAACUCUUUCACUAAAAAAACUGGUAGGAUUAAUCCAUACACCUCUGCAAAAGAACAGUGGACUUUCAAAGCACUGGAUAAUCGUUCAGAGCAAUUCCAGGAUUUAUAGUUAAAGGACACAGAGACAAUUUUCUUUUGUUUAUUUGUUUGUUUAGGGGAUUUGUUCAGCCUUUUGCUGAAUUGUUUUCAGUUUUUACAUGUUUUGUAAUUUAUUUUGGACAACCAAUUUUAAUGCUGUAAUGGUGUUAAUGGAAAUGUAAAUAAUUUUGUUGGGUUAAAACAAAAUAAGGAAUGGUUGAAAUUUAAAGGUUGAACUUAGACCAAGAUUAAAUUAAAUCUUGGGCUUAAAAGAACUAAGCUUGAUUUAAAUAACACAGUGUUAAUUCAAAUAGGUCAAAGGAUAAACUUGAACUUAGAACUUGAAAUGAAUAAAACAAUAACCUAGGUUGAAAUUAACAUCCCUUUAAAGCCAAAUAAAAGGUUUUGAAAUAAAUAGGAUAAAUUAACAGAAAUUACUGAACUAAAAGGGAAAGAAAAUAUCUUGUUUCCUUAAAGGUGUGUUGAAUGUUUUAUGUAAUGUGUCUAUAACUGUCUUUUCUCUGUCUUUUUCAAAAUAACAAGCCGGCAAUUUAAACGUA